AUGGCUUCAUCAUCAUUAGCAGCAGCAGAAGCAUCAACGCUUGGUUUCCUUCUGCUCCUUCUCCUUCUCUUUCUUUCUUUUCUGGUUGCGUCCAAGGCUCAGCAAGAUACCCCAUUUUUGUUUGAGGGAUUCAAUAACAGUGAAAAUUAUCUAAACCUUGAAGGAGCUACAGUUGUCAAAGCCAGUGGUUCGCUUAAACUCACCAACAGAUCAUACAAUAUUGUAGGCCAUGCUUUCUAUUACAAACCCUUUCAGAUGCUUAAUACAACCAAUACAACCAAACAAAAAGUUUCUUCCUUUAGCACAUCCUUUGUUUUCUCCAUUGUCCCUUCAGCCUCUGGCCCUGGAGGCUUUGGCCUUGCUUUCGUCAUAGCUCCCUCAACUCAAUUUCCAUGGUCAAGUCCUGGCCAUCUUCUUGGUCUUGUUAACUCCUCCAAUGAUGGGAAUCCAUCAAAUCACCUUUUUAUAGUCGAAUUUGAUACGGUGAAUGGCUACGGAAGUCAGGCUGACAGUAAAGGGAACCAUAUUGGAGUCAAUAUCAAUGGCAUGAACUCAAACGUCAAUGAACCAGCUGCUUAUUUUAAAGAAGGCACAGAAGCUCAGAAGGAAGAAUUCAUCAUGGAGGAAUCUGAUGCUGUCCAAGCUUGGAUAGAUUAUGAUGGUGACGAGAAAAUUGUGAACGUGACCAUAGCUCCUGCGUCACUGCCCACCAAACCCUCCAAAGCACUCAUAUCCCGUUCGAUUGACCUUCAGGAGGUUCUGAAGGACACCAUGUAUGUUGGUUUCUCAGCGUCAACUGGGGAAAGUAAAGCAAGCUCCCAUUACAUUCUGGGAUGGAGCUUUUCAAUGAAUGGGCCUUCUGCUGCACUCAACAGGUCCAAGCUUCCAGAGCCACCACCAAAGGAGAAUGAUCCAAGUUCAACUUCUUUCCGUUGGGUCAACCUUGCCAUUGGAGUUCUAUCUGCUGUAAUCAUAAUAUUGUUGUUUUCCUUGUGUUCUGCAACAUUGUACAGGAGGUACACCAAUUUCGAGACUCUUGAGGAUUGGGAACCAGAUUGUCCUCACAGAUUCAGAUACAGAGAUCUUCACAUAGCAACAAAAGGAUUCAGAGAGAGUGAGCUAAUAGGAAUGGGAGGUUGUGGUGCAGUAUACAAAGGUGUCUUGUCUUCUAAAGGAAAUGAGAUUGCCGUGAAGAGGAUCGUGCGAGGUCCAAUCCAAGGAAUGAGGGAAUUUGCAGCUGAGAUUGAAAGCUUAGGAAGAUUGAGACAUAAAAACUUGGUCAAUCUUCAAGGAUGGUGCAAGCGAAAAAACGAUCUUCUUCUAGUCUAUGAUUACAUCUCCAAUGGAAGCCUCGAUUCACUCCUCUUCAAUCCAAGCAUUGUUUUGAGCUGGGAUCAGAGGUUCAAUAUCAUCAAAGGCAUAGCUAAUGGGAUAUUAUAUCUGCAUGAAGACUGGGAGCAAGUGGUGAUUCACAGAGACAUCAAAACAGGUAAUAUUCUCAUAGAUGAGGACUUAAAUGCUCGUGUAGGUGAUUUUGGCCUUGCUAGGCUGUAUGAUCAUGGUGAAGUAUCUCACACAACCAAUGUGGUUGGCACAAUUGGGUAUAUAGCACCAGAAUUAACUCGUACAGGAAAGGCAUCGACAAACUCUGAUGUGUAUUCUUAUGGGGUUUUGCUUCUUGAAGUUGUUAGUGGGAGGAGACCUGUUGAGUCAGGACAAUUUUUCUUGUUAGAUUGGGUUGUAGAGAAUCACAGCUUGGGUCAGAUUCUUGAAGUUGUUGACCCCAAGUUGAAUUCAAUGUAUGAUGAAGAAGAGGUGGAAUUGGUUCUGAAACUGGGUCUUCUGUGUGCUCAACACAGAGCUGAUUUAAGACCCACCAUGAGACAAGUGACAAGAUAUCUAAACUUUGAUGACCCUAUUCCAGCUAUUGGGGAUUGGAGGGGACAAAUCAAUUCCGGAAGUAGCAGAGUCAGCUCUGGUUUCCUGGAAAUUGUGUCUGCAGGUAAUAUGUCAACUUCGUAUACUAACUUAUCCUCCAUUAAUAGUAUGAGCAGCAGAUUUAUAGAAGAUGGCAGGUAGCAAUGUAUAUGUUAAUGUCCUUAUAUUCGUUGCCUUUAAAAUCAAGAAUUGAAAUGGUACAAAAGUUUCAAUCCGCACAAAGCAUCAAUCAGGAAUUGAUGGAGCUUGUAUUUUGAGACAUACGAGAAGAUCAAAGUCUUAAAA